AUGUCGACCACAAAGACACUGGGCGUCGGAAUCACCGUCGCCAUCCCUCUCAUUUCAUCCUCCUUGACCGUCUUCUACGCGCUCCUCGAGCCCACCAUCUUCUACCCCUUCAUCAAAGAGUCUAAAGACGACCUCGCCGCAAGCAGCAAGGCGGUCCGCCUGUUCUGGACCAAUUGGUUACCUCUGGGGCUAGCCGGAAUCUUUUCCGUCACCUUGCCCUCCAUCGUCGGGGGUAUUUACGCUGCUCGAUACUUCCCUGAAGGCAGUCCGAAACGCUCCCUCUCUCUAGCCGGUGCAGCAUUCACUCUAGGCCAUUUCGCAUUCGUAUACCCUAUCAGCCAGAAGAUCAAAUGGGCUUGCGACGAAGAGGUGGAAAAGAAAGGCCAGACUAUCGAAUAUGUCAAGCAAUGGCUCAAAAUCCAUUUCUGGAGGACGAUAUCAACAGACGUCCCUGCGUUAGUCUGCUUUGCCCUCGUUGCCUUUGGUAAUUAG